AUGGCGCACACAACACAGCUGCUCGCCUUCUGUUUGGCGUGCAUCCUCUUCCAAGCGACAAGUUUGGUAUCGGCAGGCCGACAACGCUAUGCCAUCCUCAACGCAGGUGACGAGCCCAUGCUUCAAGGCACAUGGUCGUCCGGCUCGGGCGUAGUCACCACCGGCGCCAACUUCUUCAAUCCACGCACACGAAGCUUCAUUCCUCCUCGCGUUCCUGGGCAAGCAUACAGCUUCACCCAGGACGGCUAUUGGGAGUUCGCCAAGUACCGCGUCCAGCCGAAUCCAAGGAAACCAGAGUGCAUUACCUCUCAGCUCAUCUGGCAGCACGGCAGCUACAACCUCCACGCCAACGGAACUCUUCAGCUCUACCCCAUCGCCCGUGAAGGCGCCCAACUCCUCACUUCCAGCUGCGACACCAACAACCCGCCUGAAGAGAUGUACGAUGUUUCCGAGGAGUACACGCUCGUCGACACCUGGGUCGACCUGCACCACGGCGUCCCCUCGUCGGCACUCCGUUUGACGGAUGCGUGGGGCAACAGGUCGCCAAGUCUCUACAAGAUCUAUGACCCACCCAUGAUGCUGCCCACGGACAACUUGUACCUCGAAUACAUCGGCAUCCCUUGA